UACGUAAUGGCAUGAUUCCAAACUAUAAGAUAUUACAGAGAACGUUAAUUAUCUCACAUUUCUGAAAAUAUUUGUAAAGUUGUACUUCUUGUACACGAAAUUGUUGUAGCUAGUGCUCCCAUUCACGCCUUGCAAGAGAGCUCUCCUUGUCCCAGAAUCGCCCGGAAUGCCCAUUGACGACGCCUGGGCGUUAGCACGAUUUAUAUGGAGUUUCCCAUCUCCUCAAAAGUAUAUCUGGGUAAUGUAGCAAACCCAAGAAACCUUUGAAGAAGGACAUUUCAGAAUGGCCGAGUCACCUCUGUCCGGUGUGAAUGUAGUGCUAGUUAUGGCAUAUGGCAGCCUGGUGUUUGUAUUGCUAUUUAUCUUCGUCAAGAGGCAGAUCAUGCGUUUCGCUAUGAGGUCCCGCAGAGGACCCCAUGCCCCUAUUGGACACAACGCACCCAAGGGUUUGCGGGAAGAGAUUGACGCACGCCUGUCCAAGGUUCAGGAAAUCCGCUUCGAGCCGCGUCUGCUCUCUGAGGAGGAUGAUAGGCUGAAGCACGGGACACAGUUCAGUUGCUACAACUACCUGUACAGGAUGAAGGCUCUAGAUGCCAUUCGGGACUCGGGGAUCCCGCUGCAGGAGAUGGGCCGCAACCCGAACGCCAUCACAGGACGCAGUUUCCGCAACUGGCUGCUGGAUCUGCGUAACUCCCACUCUCUGAUCAAGAGCAGCCGUAGCACCCUCAUUGACAACCUGUUGGAGGGAUAUGACAGUGCACGCCAUGGCACAGGGGUAUUUGGGGAACAGGAAUAUAUGAAAUACCAGGAUGCUCUGAAUGAACUGGCUGAUGUUGUGAAAGCCUACUCCAGCACCACCAGUCUGGACCAGCAUCACCAGUCAGCAGCCAAGGACCUGACAGGCUCCCCAGCCCGCAGCACCCCCUCCACCAUCCAAGUUACCUACCUGCCCUCCACCAGCCAGCGCAGCAAGAGGCCAAAGCACUUCCUGGAGCUCAAGAGCUUCAAGGACAACUACAACACACUAGAGAGCACCCUGUGAGAGGUGACUGUUGGGUCAGUUCAAUUUCAAUUCCUGCUUGUUGAAUCCAUAGGAAUUGUAUUCAAUAGCAAUAAUUGGAAUUGUGAUGGAAUUGACCCCAGCUUUGCUAUGGGGACUACCAAAAACAUAGUAACAGAUCAAGCAUGUAGUGUAUAUACUAAAGCUUGCGGAAGAUUGCAUGUACGUUUUACUUCAUUUCCAUUGGCAAUAAGGAGAAUUGUCCCAUAAUACAAAGCAUUUGAAUAGAGUCCUAUCGUCAUAUCAGGGUCUUUAUCCCAGGAAUCUACUAUGAGUCUAUGGUACUUCAAUGUAUUGGUGCUGACACACACUAAGGACAAAGACCAUUGUACAACAGUUAUGCAUUACAACUGUAAAUUCCCCCUACACUUGAAUUGUAAAUUUCACAUGUAUGUGUUGUUUGUAUAGAUGAAGAAAAUAUAUUUAUAU